CUGUGUAGGAAAAUACUACAGCGUAAUAUUGAACAGCAUCAAGUAAAUGCUAGAGGUAGCUGCAUAUCAAUAAAUCAAAACGAAAAAAUAAAUGCUAGAUAGGGCAUCUUCUGUUAUAUCAACGUAGACCAGACAUAUGAGAAAACGUUAGAGAAAAUGCCAAGGAACAACUUGUAGUAUGGAUUAAUAAAAAAACAAAUAGCUAAACAUCAAAUUCAUAUGAACCGACAGACAGUUUGUGUAAAUACCAGCCGCUGUCACUAUGUGGUUGUUACCAAGUGAUGCGUUUUGUUUGCUAGUUCUCUUAAUUUAAAAGUUGUUAUACAGAGUAUGUUGGAUUGUUUAAUUUCGCUGAAAAUAUAAGAUUGAAGUACAGAAUGGAUAUAUAUCUUGAGUCAUGCUGCCGUCUAUAUGAUUGUAACUAAAUGAUGUAUGAUUUUUUUUUAUUUUGCUAAUUCUCUUAAUUUAAAAGUGAUUAUACAGACUAUACUGGAUUUGUUAAAAUAUAACACUGAAGUACAGGAUGGAUUUCUGUAGAAAUGAAGGUUGAGUCUGAAGCGAAAUGGAAUAGAAAGUGAUUAUUUAAGCAGCGGAAGUACAAGAAACAUGAUAUCAUGAAUAUAAUAGUGCAAUAUUUCAUGCAACGGAAUAUUCCUUAAUUGGUUAAACUUUCAGAUGACUAAUGAAACUAUAAAAUAGCAAGUACCUAAUAUGGAAUAAUGAAUUAACUGUUUCCGCUAAGACUAUGAUAAAUUGUUACAAAACGAAGAGAACGUAUUAUAUGAUGGAGCACCGGCUGCAGUAUAAACUCUAUAAAUGUGGUCUUAUAAAAUGAAAAGGAUACACUCAUUACUUCUCCUGAUACACGUCUAAGAUAAAAUUUCACGUAGUUUUAAUUAAUCUAUGAAAACCAUAUUUUGGUGGUGCCUUUAUAUUUGAAUGAUUUAGUUGAUAACUCUAAUCUAAUCUAGGAAAAUGAAAAUUGAGGUGGAAAAAGUGCUCAUCCAUAAUCACAAGAAGAUUAAUUAGACUGGUUUACAGAACACGAUUAUAAAAGUUUACUCCAAUGUGAAGGAUAAUUUAGAAUGUAAAGUAAUACACUUAAGUAAACGUGUUAGUAGAUAAAAUGCUAAAAUGCCAGCUCUUGAUGGAUUAGCGGGAAUCGUAUUCGGUGCAAUUUUUGGAUCAGUGUUUGUGAUCACGUGUAUAAUUUCUGCAAUUAAAGCAGUCAGGGACAGAUCACGUAUAAAGAAACGAAGGGCAAUUCGGAAAGAAAAUCAUCUCGGAAACGGAUAUGUGGAUGGUGAAAAGGACUACAUUAUUGAAGAAAUUCUGCCAGAAGUUUCAUGCUCUUCUCUGGAAAAUAAAAGUUCAUGUUAUGAUAAUUUGUCUAAUGGAACGUCUCGUCAUGAAGAUAUUAAAGAGCGAAUUGAUCUGUCAGUGUAUACUAUCAACACAGGAGUUGAAAACCUGACUUUUCAACAUAGUGACACUAACAUAAAAUGCACAGACGAGCAUUAUUAUUUACCACAACAAAACUCAAAAGCAGUGACUGAAAGUAGGCCUUUCUGUCAAAGUAUGAUACCCAAGAGUGUUAAAUCACACGAUGCAAAUUAUCGCCGGAAAAGAAAACUCGAUCACCUUUCGUCAGAUUGUCUUGCUAUUAAGAAAAGUAUGCGCAGACAUUCUUAUGAAAUAGCUGUCUGUGAAAAUUCAUGGUUGCCAAAAGAGCCUCCUUGCUUUGCGCCAUCAACAACGAUACAAAACGCAUUUAGUUAUGGCGUAAAUGUGAAAAAUGACGCAAAGUCGCCCCAAAUUGAUUUUGAGAACAUAUCAUUUGAUAAAAAUGAUUAUAAAAAGACGUAACAGACGUAAAAUAGAUAUGGCGUUUCAAUGCAAUUGGUUAUAUGUAUACGCAUUGAAAGUCUAAAUCCUUCGAAAUGUGUGUGUUUGCUUACACCACGUUGAUGACAGAAUAAUUUCACGGACAGUGCAUGAAAGGAUGAAGAUAUUUGAAAUUUAUGCAACUCUCAUGCAUUUUACACUGUGCUGUCACUGCUAAAAUACACUAGGUAUAUCUUUGCUGCUUUUACAUAACUUGUGCGGAGUUGUUGAUUUAAUCAAGGGAUUAUUAAUAAGAACAGCGUCACACUCCGAUAUGGUAAGUACGAUGUUGGGCGUGGUAAUGCUGCAUCUUUGUUCUGAUUUUGAAGAGCAUGAAAAGCCGAACGUGUUUUUGCAGUUUUUGCGAUCUGCAGGUUGACAACGAAAUGCUUUUUAAAUCUGUCGUCAUUCACAUGAUCCUUUAAUGUCUAUAAUUUGAAAAAUCUACUACGUAUUGUGAAUCAUAUUUAUCUAGAACAUUUUGUUGGUAUUAUUUGUUGCUAUAAUUCCAGUUUACCAAACUGGUUUAAAUUAGAAACAUCUAAUGACCAGGAUUUUGACGUCGAAAUGCCAAAAUAAAAGUUUUAAUGACA